CUCCAGGGCACUGCGGUCUGGGAGGCGGAAGGGUGGGAGGGCCAGAGAGGGUCUGAGACAGGAUGUGGACGUCCUCAGAGACCGCACUGCCCACGACUCUGACACAGACGGCGCACAGACUCGCAGGAGCUGAGCAGAGGAGGGGCUGGACCAGUAAAGAACGUGGGUGCAGGGACUGAGGGACCCGCGGCCCUCGGGGCUGCUGAUGCAGUGGCUGAUGGACGGAGGGGGGAUCGGACCCAUGGAGAACUGGGGGACCCUCAUGCCAUAUCCCUGCUUGGCGCAGAGAGGAAUCCGUGGCUGAACUGCGGAACAGGAGAGUGAGGAGGCAGGCGGCAGGCCAAGCCACCCGUGACCAGCGGCCGCCACCCCUCGGGGUACUGGGCAGACGAUGAGGUGGGGUCACACGGUGUCCAUGGCCCGGGUGCAGCCAUCUAAGAAGCCACUGUUGCCGGAAAUGGGACAAGCCUCCAAGCUGGGCCACACACCACACCCACCAUCGCCAUACCCACCCACAGGCAGCUCAGGGCCUGGAGGCCACCGCCGACACCGAAGGGGCCCUCAGUCCUUUAGUAGCUCCCUGGAUUUCCUUGCCAAGGGCCAGGUGCUGGACAGCCUGCAGACUGUGGUGGAGGAGGCAACUGAGCUCAUGGCCACCAUGAAGACGGGCGGGGUGCCCCUGGUGAAGGUGCAGGACCCCGUGUGCAGGCCCAGGGUGGGGUGGUGGGCACGUGCCAGGCCCAGCCUCUGUAUCAGGCACCCCAACAACUACCCAUCCUGCUCCAGCUCCACAUCCCCCUCCCAGAGCAGCUUCACAGCUGACUGGCUGGACUCCCACAGCCACCUGGGCACCCACAGUUGGGGCUCACUGUCGCCCACGAGGGACAAACUCUUGCUGGAGAAGAACCUCAAACAACUGCUGUGUCUGGAGAACAGAGGGAAAGGCCUGGGUCAGCCCUGCUCCCAGAGGGACUCCCUGCUGUGGGACUCACUGGGCAGUCAGGCCAACAGCCAGUGGACUCCGGAGCACUUGUCCUGGUUCUCAGGCCUUCUGGGCUCAUGCUCCAACACGCCCCAGGUGUCAGAGCUGGGGCCUGGAGAGCCAGAGCUGACCUUCCUCAAGAGAGAGUUCAACAAGGAGCUCAGGUCCUUGCUGAGGCAUCCCGCAUCCUUUGACCUGCCAAGCUACUGUUCGCCCCAGCGCAGUCCCCGACACCCAUUUCACCGAUCAGGGCGCAGGCACCAAACCCUGGUCCUGGCCGAGCCCCGUCUCUUCCCGGCCCUGCAGAGCGCGGUCAGCCAGGCCGUGGAUAAACUCAGUGGCACCUGCCGUGGGAAUGGCUGCCCUCUCUUCCCAGCCACCACAGAGGCUGACUCUUUGAUCUCAGGGCUUCAAGCCCGCCACACCGCUGAGGGGGAAGAGCCCUGUGAUUGGCUUCCCAUCACAGCCUCCAGCCCUAACAUGGAGCACAGAAGGAGCAUCAGGCGCAGAGCGCGGGGCAAGCCCAAGGAAGGUGGUUCCCUGUCUAGUGUCCAAGUGGCCACCAGAUUCAGGCCCAAGAGCCCCAGUUACAAGUUCAUGAGGAGGAAGCCACUGCCCUCCAUCUCCUCCGAGUCCACCAUGUCCCACCUCUCCAGCCCCUGGUACGAGGAGCUCGUCAGCGGUCUGAUGGAGCAGGCCAUCUCCUUGCUCAUCUGCAAGUACGGGUUUGAGAAGAACCUCACCAGGAACCUGGGCUUCAUUUCCUUCCCUGUCACUGAGACACUCAUGGACCUCUUUCUGGGCUUCAGGAAGCUGAAGGGCUCCCGCAUCUCCCUGUCCUCGGAGAUCAACUGGAACUGCCUGCUGUGCAACCUGGAGGAGGCCAAGCGGGUCCACUGGGCCUCCUGCCAGGUGGCGCGGUCCACGUUCCAGCUGAGCGACACCUCCCACCAGGCCUCCCACCACAGCACCAUCUGUCACAGCCCCGAGUCCCUCUCCAUGCUGCCCCCAGCAGCCACCUGGGAGGAUCAAGCCAAGGCCGCAGAGCCCUGCCUCUCCUCUGAGUGGAGCAGGAGCCCACCAGCCCAGGGAAGCCCAAGCACCCCACGCUGCCUGUCACCAGCGCUGGCUCCAGUCCAUUUCAGGAAGCGCUGCACGCGGACGAGGCUGAGGAUGAGCCCCAGGGCCCUCCCGAGCCUCAAGUGGCAGCGAAGGUCGGCCGCUCGGCAGAUGUAGGCCACAGUGAACCCCCCAGGAGGCGCCCCACAAGUGGCACCGGGUGCUCAACUCCCUGCUGCUCCUCCCGCUCCGUCGGAUCGCU